CUAGCAACGUCAUAAUCUUCUCAGACCCUGAAGAGUAUAAGAGGGCGUCACUAAACACAACUCAUCAUACAACAGCAGCCCAGGUCUCUGCCACACUACCAGCUGACAUAUACAGCAACACAGGUGAUCAAACAACAGAAACAUGAAUUUGGAUGUGGCCAAACCUGAAGCGAAAACUGGCAGCAAAGCUCCCCUCAGAGCCACCGGUCCUGGAUCCCCACGCAAGGGCCCACCUAAGUUCAAACAGAGGAACAGCCGCCAGUUCAAGAGCAAGCCUCCUAAGAGGGGCGUCAUUGGCUUUGGAGAGGAGAUCCCAGGAAUGGAAGGUCUUGGCACUGACAUCACUGUAAUCUGCCCAUGGGAAGCUUACAGCCAUCUGGAGCUACAUGAACUGGCUCAGUACGGUAUCAUCUGAGUCUCUUCACUGUGAAAUUCUUUUUAUAUUGACCAAAGGGAACUGAUGUGGCAAGUUUAGCUUCUGGAAUUUCAACUACUAACCCCACAAUCUGGAUCAUCAGUAUUGGCUUAGUGUGGUAACAGACUGCACUCUAAAGAUGUAGAAUGUAAAAUAUAUGUCUGCAUAUUGUGGAUGCUGUUCUUUGCCUAUGUUGUUUUUAUACAUUAAUUUAAUUUUCAUAAGACUCUCAAGCUGCCAUUUUAACAUCCAUAAACCCACUGAUGCUGAAUGUGUCUAAUGUUAAUAAGGUUGCAGUGGGAGCUGUAACAGGAGGCUUGGUCACUGGCUUUAAAGACAGGGUUUCUGCACAGCUGUCAGCAUUAUAUUUAUGAUGUUUAAUCCAACUCUCAAAAUAAAGCUUGGAAUUUUUUAAACA